AAUCAGAAUUUACCAGAGACUAAAGAAAGAAACUUGUUGAGAGUAGCAUACUGAAGUUGGAGGUUGAGUAAAACAAUUCACAAACAACAUGGCCGAAACGAAAGGCGAACACAGCCUCAAUGUUUCCGAAGUGCUUCCUGUUUCAGACACAAAGCUGCCUAAACCAAAGCGUGUCGCUUCGCUUGACAUCUUUCGCGGUCUCACUGUUGCGUUAAUGAUCUUGGUUGAUGAUGCCGGAGGGAAAUGGCCAAUGAUUGGCCAUGCGCCAUGGAAUGGCUGCAACCUUGCUGAUUUUGUCAUGCCCUUCUUUUUGUUCAUUGUGGGGAUGGCCAUUCCUCUGGCUCUCAAGAGAAUACCAAAUAGACUUGUAGCUGUAAAAAAGGUUCUGGUUAGAACACUCAAACUCCUCUUCUGGGGAUUGCUCUUGCAAGGUGGUUUCUCUCAUGCUCCGGACAAUCUAACAUAUGGUGUUGACAUGAAACAGAUAAGGUGGUGUGGCAUCCUUCAGAGAAUUGCUCUGGCAUAUUUGGUUGUGGCACUUGUGGAGAUAUUUUCAAGAAGUGCACAAGAUAGAGAUCCAUCCACCCAACUCUCAAUAUUGAAGUUGUACUAUUGGCAUUGGCUAGUGGGGGCUUGCAUACUUGCUGUUUACUUGGCUUUACUUUAUGGAAUGUAUGUUCCAGACUGGCAAUUCACUGUCCAUAAUCCAGACAGCAUAUACAAUGGAACAACUUUAACUGUGACCUGUGGUGUGAGGGGCAAACUCGAUCCCCCUUGUAAUGUUGUGGGAUAUAUUGACCGAGAGGUGCUUGGAAUUAACCACAUGUAUAAGCAUCCAGCGUGGAGAAGAUCUGAAGCUUGCACAGAGAAUUCCCCAUAUGAAGGACCUUUUAAAAGAAGUGCACCUUCAUGGUGUUAUGCUCCUUUUGAGCCAGAAGGAAUUUUAAGCUCAAUAUCUGCUAUUCUCUCCACAAUUAUUGGAUUGCAUUUUGGACAUGUACUCGUACACUUACAGGAUCACUCUUCUAGGUUGAAGCACUGGCUUCUCCUUGGCUUAGCACUCCUUGCUUUUGGACUUAUUCUUCACUUCACUCAUGCCAUUCCUUUGAAUAAACAGUUGUACACACUAAGCUAUGUUUGUGUAACAUCUGGAGCAGCAGCAUUAGUUUUUUCAGCCUUCUACAUUGUGGUUGAUAUUUGGGGUUUGACAUUGUUGUUCUUGCCUUUGAAAUGGAUUGGUAUGAAUGCCAUGCUUGUUUAUGUCAUGGCAGCUGAAGGAAUCUUCGCAGGAUUCAUUAAUGGGUGGUAUUAUGAUGACCCACAUAAUACACUGACUUACUGGAUACAAAAACAUGUCUUCAUUAAUGUUUGGCAUUCGAAGAGAGUAGGAAUCCUAUUGUAUGUUAUCUUUGCGGAGAUCCUAUUUUGGGCCAUUGUUGCAGGCAUUUUGCACCGAUUGGGCAUAUAUUGGAAGCUUUGAAUUUCUUUUUUGUUUUUCUAAAAAUAUGUUGCUUUGUAAUUGUUGUAUAUUGAAUUUGGUGAUUGACUGAAGAGACAUUUCACUGGCAAA